AUGGUGGACUGGGCUAACGUUAGAUGGUGGGUGGCGUUUGUCACCUCCAAUAUUUUUGGGGGCCUCAGUCCCGCUAAAGAUUGGGUCAAGCACCUGGUCCCUGUCCUCUGGCCCAAGGAUAAGGCCAAAGCCAAUCUUGAACCAGUGGCCGAGCGGAGCGCCCAGACGAUUAGCCGCCUCGAGGGCUUGGAGCCACUGCUGACCAAUGUCAGUGACCUCUGUUCCUCCCUAGAAGCACAGGGCACCCGCGCGAAAGAGCAGGUCUCCCUUUUGGACAAGCGGGAAAUCCACUUGAACGAAAGACUUCGGUUAGAACGGUGGUUGCACACAGGACUUACAGAGACACUCUCCCAGCGCAUCCGUGAUGCUUUCCAACUGAUGAUCAUAGAUGGACAGCCAUCUCUUCUACACGGAUGUUCAAUACCAAAUAUCCCGGAAGUAUCCGCUGACCUUGCCAUAACGGUCACUUUCAACGAGAACAAGCAGCUGGAAGCCCAGACAUUGUAUCAUGUGCACAUAUGCUAUACGCCCAUCGAAUUUUUAACUGAAGAGCAAAGAGAGCGCAAAGUAGAGGCGUUCAAGCGAGGCUACACGACUUCGUAUGAUCCAACUGAUUUUGUGCUAAAGGAAGAGCAAAUGGCGGACUGGAACACGCUCCAUCCUUAA